CUUAUACAAUUUUAUACUUUCACAUGCCCUAGCUUCUGAGGGCCUAGCAGAAAAGUUAACAGAAGCCAAUACCAGCUGAUACUUUGAUACAUACAGAUUUUUCAUCAUGGCUUCCUUCGCAUGGACUUUUAGAGGGAAUAUCAGCCGGUUUUUAACGGAUGUACAGAUACUGCAAUAUCUUAUUGUAUUUAUAAGUUUAUUUAAUCUUUCUCUAUGUCUUUAUGAGGACCAAGUGGGAAAAUUCGAUUGGAAACAAAAUUACGUUGGUAAAAUAAAAUUUGCCAGUUUUGACACGAUUUCAACGGCUAAAAAAAUUAUUGUUGCGACCGAAGAAAACGUUAUUGCCGCAUUGAAUCUAAAAACAGGUCAAAUAUUAUGGAGAAGGGUAUUAGAGAAAGGAUACGCUGGUCGUAUUCGUACAUUGGGAGGUGUUGGAGAUGGGGAUCUGAUAUCUGUAAGUGGUGGAGUUCCAGCCCUUGUUCGUGCAUGGGAUUUAGCUACAGGGCAUAUACUUAAUGAAUGGCCAAUUGCUGAACAAAAUUCUGACAGAAUAGAAGAAGUAAAAUGGCAUAUCAAGGAUGGAACAUUGCACCAUAUUUUACCUAUCUACAAUAGUGGAGUUGAGGUAACAUCAUAUGAUAGUAAAACUGGUGAAAAAUUAAAAUCAAGAAAAGUAUCAGCUCCAUUUAUAACUUCUGAAACAGAAUGUGUUUUAGUUGCCCCAUAUUUAGCUUGCUUAAAGGGGGACAAUUCUUUAGCCAUGCUGUUUUUAGUACAUUUAUUUGAUACAAAAAUAGAACCUCAAAUGGUUACUAUAAAUACCAUAUUUGGUGCUGGGACACAAGGACCAUACCAAUUGGAAUCUGUACUUGGAGAAGAAGCUGUAGUAUCUAUUACUGCAGAUAACAAUCAAAGAAAACGAAUUCUUGUGGUUGGAGAAACUUCAGUUCCAAUUCAAAGAGAUAUUGCGGGUGAUACAACUCUAUAUAUCACUUCUAUAGAUAAUCAAAAAGUAUUGCUAGAAUCAACUUAUAAAAAUGAAAUUACAGAAGUUGUAGCAACAGAUCUUCUGACAUUUAAUCCACUACCAAACAUAACUGGUACCAUUUCACAUGUUUCAUUGUUAUCACCUGUAAUAGUGGCAUCAGUUUGUGUACGUCAAACAAAAGGAUUAACAUGCCGUUAUUUGUUGUCUUCACAAGAUCAUAGUAUUGCAUUGUUGCAACAUAACAAAUUAGUAUGGGCAAGAGAAGAGGCACUUGCAAAAAUUGUAGCAGUUGAAAUUAUUGAAUUACCUAUGUCAGAUAGAGAUCAAGCCAUCGAAACAGAAUUUGAUCAGAAAGAAAGUAUUGAUGUAGACAUUUCAUGGGAUGUAUUAAGUAUGAUGUUAAGAAGAAUUAUUUCUCAAUUUAAUCAAGCAAGGGCUUUUAUACAAUCUAUGCUGGACUUGGUCCCACAGCAAUCUAAUCAACGAACUGAUUUAGUACGAGAUAAAUUCAAUUUGCAUAAAAUGAUUGUUGCUGUUACUUCAGCUGGAAAGAUCUUUGGUAUUGAAACUAGAAAAGGUGAAAUUAUUUGGCAACUUAAAAUAACCAAUAUUCGUGGGUUUAACAAAAUAUCAGAUACAAUGGUUUUAUAUGUACAACGAGGAAGUAGGCAUUUUCCUUAUCCACCUCAAUGUACAUUACUAGCAGAAGAUAAAGUAUCUGGAGAAGGUAUUGUAUAUACAUUCAAUCCAAUUACUGGACAGCCUUUAGAUGGAUUGAUAAAAUUAGGAUACAGAAUAAAACAAUCUAUGCUGCUUCAUGUAACGACGGAUGAUUUUCUACGAGGCAUUCUUAUACUCGAUGCACGAGAUAAAAUUCAUGUCUAUCCUGAAAGUGCAACUACUAUUGCAGCUUCUCUGGGAAAGAGUACUUAUAUAUUUACUGCAGAUCAAACUACUGGCUUGUUAUCUGGAUUUUCUCUUUCAUACAGUACAUCCCAGGAGUUAAUAGCUCAUAAAGUUUGGGAAUUAUUACUUUCUCCAAAAAAUCAAAAAAUAAUACAAGUUAUCUCAAAAAAUCCAAUCGAACGUGUCCACUCUCAAGGUAGAGUUUUAAGUGAUAGAUCUGUCUUAUAUAAAUACAUUAAUCCAAAUUUAGUAGCAGUGGUAUCAGAAGGUGUUGGAAGUACUCACAAAAAUACACUCAACCUUUAUUUACUGGAUGUAGUAUCAGGUGCCAUGAUAUUUUCCAUCGUGCAUAAAAGAGUUCGUGGUCCAUUUCAUAUAGUACAUUCUGAGAACUGGUUGGUAUAUAGCUAUUUUAAUGAAAAAAGUCGAAGGACAGAAAUUGCAACAUUGGAACUUUAUGAAGGAAAAAUACAGAGUAAUACAACAGUGUUUUCUUCUUUGGCUACAACCAAAUUACCGAUCGUCGAAAGACAAGCAUACAUUUUUCCAGCAUCGAUAGAAUAUAUGAGAGAGACUAUUACAGAGAAAGGAAUCACCAGUAAACAUAUUAUAGUUUCCCUAGCAAAUGGUGGAAUUAUAGAGUUACCAUGGAUGAUGGUGGAUCCAAGACGUCCAAUUAAUCCUGAAAUGCGCGAAGAAGGUGUUAUACCAUAUAUGCCUGAAAUACCAAUUCAUAUGGAUACUAUUAUAAAUUAUAAUCAGAGUAUAUUUCGAGUAUUAGGCAUUCAUACUAGUCCUAGUGGUCUUGAGAGUACCUGUUUAGUUUUUGUAUAUGGGUUAGAUAUAUUCUACACGCGAGUGGCACCGUCUAAGACAUUCGAUGUGUUAAAAGAAGACUUUGACUAUUAUCUCAUUGUAAUAGUAUUAGCAGCAUUAUUAAUUUCAUCAUAUGUAACGAAGAAAUUAGCAUCACAGAAGGCUCAGAAGCAGGCAUGGAAAUGAUAACACUGAUUUUAAUAGAAAAUCAAUGUGUAACAUUAUGAAGUAUUUCAUUAUUAUAGGCAAAGUUUUUGCUAAUGAUUUGUAAAAAAAAAAAAAAAAAACUGUUUUAUAAAUAGUUAACUAUAAUACGAAGUAAAUGCAUUAGCUUUGUUAUCUAUCCCAGAAUUUUUUAACACAAUGCUGUAGAAUUUAUAUCUUUACUGGUACAAGGCGCACAGAUUAGAUAGUUUUCUUUUAAAAAUUUUAAAUCUAUUAAGAGAUAUGCAAUUUAAUGCAUGCUAAGAGGACCAUACAAUUAAAAGAUUAUCAUAAAUAUCUCAUAUUUAAAGAAUAUAAUUUUUUUAUAACCGAUUUCAACAAAUUGCAUUUUUGUUUGAAAAUAAGUGUUUUUAUAUUUAUAUAUAUAUAUAUGUAUAUUAUAUAUAUAUAUGUAUAUAUAUAUACGUGUGUGUGUGUUGCAAGAAAAAAUCCAUGUGUGCAUAUACUUGUACCCCUACAGAGGAUAUCCAAUUUGUUAUAUUAUCAAGUAUUUUACAUUGUCGUCAUAUUUUCAAAAAAAAUUGUUUUCACAAUUAUAAUGUUUUUAAAAAAUAUGUAAAAUACAUUGCUUUUGUUAACAUAA